AUGAGCGCUGAAGAGAGCUCGACGGUGUCGACCGCGUCGCUUUUGGCGGAUCAGCGAAAUAUGUUGGAGGGUAGCACGAGUGCCAACGCUGAAGUCAUUGCUGAAGUUGAAGAUGCAAAAAACGACUCGAAUAGGAUGCAGCGCAGGGCCUUGCGUGAGCAACAGCGUCUCCAUCGCAUUCAAGGCCGGUUGACUGACAUUAGUUUAAAUGAUAUAGCGACUCUUAGAGAUGGAGGGUACGACUUUUUCAUUGAAAACACGAUAGUUUGUAUUCGGGGCUCAUGCUCGCAAUUUGACGCUCGUGAUGGGAGAACAAAGUUGAUGCCGCCACUGACCCAUGACUGCUGUCAAACUUUCUCCACGAUUGCCGCCGUCGUUCUUUCCUCCCUUGGAUUGGCAGUGACCAUGCAAGAGUGCAGCGAUGUCUCAACCGUGAAUUACCUGUUGUACAUUUCGGCCUGGUUACAUCAAAUUUCAGCCCCGGUCUGGCCGCAGCGUAGGGCACGACCCACAGUUGGUGAUCUUAAUGCCGCUCUAAGACUUCGCGAGUUCUUCCCUAGUCGAGUAAAUGAGGGAGAAUUUGAGGUACUCUUUUAUAAUCAGCGAGAUCGAGCGAAGGAACUUGUGGAUCAGUUGUGCAGUACAUCCCGCGGCAGCAGAAAUGCCGAUGGUUCCUUAUCGGUCUGUGGUUACGUCAUCGCUUCGGGAGACUAUACCGUUUCAAUUUUCUCUCUGGCACAUGAUGUGAAGGGUCGCCCCAACGCACGCUAUAGUGAGGCGUGGAGUCUGUACAUCUGUGACUCACACGGCACACAACCUUGGUCUGGUGGCAAGGCCUGCCUGACCGGCAUCACCGUUGGAGUACCAAAAGCGGGUGCCGAGGUCAGCAACGGUGUGGUGGCGAAAGAGGAGGGACUGCGUUAUUUUGCCAUGAUCCUCUUUGCUCUACUCGAGGAUCAUAAGAGGAAGACAACAAGUUUGCAACAUGUUCCUUAUAUGACAUGGUCCCCCAUUAGGCGUCAAAGGGCAACCCUUUACACAGCAGAGGAAUUAAAAGGAAUUAUUGAUGACAGCUGGAUACCAUCCUUGAUGAAAAACAAUGUCAUUGCACGGGAAGCUAAAAAAUACAGCUUUUCACCCUUGAAGUGCUUUUUAGGUCUUUCGGCUUCCAAAACUGUGGUGGCCAACGGUGUGGCGGGAUCAAGUUGA